CAUGCUUGCUCGACCGCUCGACACUUGGUGAAUCGUGAACGACGAGUGAACGACGGCAUUCUGACCUGGUAAGCCGCCAGUGUCGGAUCGUGAGAAAGUGAAAAGGUUCUCCCUGCUUCCCACAGCGAGAAUCUCGGAAACGGACUUUAAAUCUCACACUACACACACACACACACACACACUUACACUUACACACACACACGCACACUUACACUCGUUCACUCGUUCCACACACGUACAGGCAGAAGCACGGUUUUUAAAAAUAUCCCUCGAAACACGAACUCGCUGUGUAUUUGAAUUUUGAAAAAAAAAUAACAACAGUAACAAGACAAACAUUAAUACGUUGAUAACUUAUACGAGGAACAGUUUAAAAUUCGAUUAAUUUUUUUGUACUACGUAAUCGAAUUGAUUAGCCGGGCAACCUGUUAUUGUACGAGAACGUUCAAUAAUCGUAAAUAAUAAGAAGAUAUAUAUAUCUCUGAUCAUCGCAACGCUCCAAAGGAUCCAAAAUUAAUUACGCUUAUUUAUUACUAUUAUAAAUAAAUCGGAUGAUGAAUCCAAGAUACGUGAAACAAAGAAUAAACAAGGGAAAUAUAUUUAAUACGCUCGAAAAAAUCUGUAAUUUAUUUUAGUGUCUAGUAACUCUUUUUUUUUCUGCAAUUCUUUUAAAUCUCGAUCUAAACGGGCUCGAAGAUUCUCGUCGAAACGAAAAGAAAAAAAAAAGAGAAAUAAUAAGAAACUGAGACAAGGGAGCUGCGGACACGAGCGUGAAGGAAAAAAAGUGUUUGUGAACAACGUGAGUCAAAAAUUGUCUCGCUCUCGCUCUGGCUUGCUCGCUCGUUCGAAAAUAUUUAUCAUCUGUACACUAUCCGAUGCAAAGCGAGAGUACAAAUACCGAGAAAUAUAUAGGCAAAAAAGUCUACGGGAGGUCGACGACCACAUUGUUCUCUCUCCCCAGUGUUGUUUUUGUUUCCAUCUACGAAUUUCGUUCGAAUUGGUGAGAGAAAAAGGAAGAAAAACAAGUGCCUGGGUGCGCGAUCUCGUGAUUUCGACCUUGAAAGUGUUUCAAUAUGUACGUUUCCGGUCAGUGAACUGGACUGGAUAACAAUUGUUAUUUCAAUCGAUUCGGAAACCCGGUGAGUGCUACAUUUGUGAAUUCUUCGCUUCGUUUUCUCUUCUUUGCGUUCGUACUCGCAGCCACGUGCUGCGGACGAGACAGACGGAAGACGACGCCUCAAGCGCUCCACCAAACUGCCACUUCCGGCGUUUGAACCUUAUCACGUUCCUUUUAAACGUUUUCCAACAAACAAGUAACACACAUCCGAUUCAAUUUCUUCGUAAGUUCGACUAUUCAAAAUAAUCAAUAAAAAUGGAUCUUUUGUGCUGCGAAACUACGCAAAACAACGAGUGUCGAGCUUACUCUGAUCCUGCUUUACUCAACGACGAAAGGGUCUUACAAAAUUUACUUAAAACCGAGGAAAGAUACGCACCGAGCAGCUCGUACUUUGAGUGCGUUCAAAGAGAUAUUUCGCCGCUCAUGCGCAAAAUCGUCGCCGAAUGGAUGUUGGAGGUCUGCGAGGAACAAAAAUGCCAGGACGAAGUGUUCCCGCUGUCGAUGAACUAUCUCGACCGAUUUUUAUCCAUCUGCCCCAUAAGGAAGUCUCAGCUGCAACUGCUCGGUACGGCCUGUCUCCUUCUCGCGUCGAAACUCCGCGAGCCCGGUCCGCUCACAGCCGAAAUGCUAGUUUUCUACACCGACAAUUCAAUCACCCUCGACGAUCUUUGGAGGUGGGAACAGCUCGUCGUGUCGAAGCUCAAAUGGGAAUUGUCGGCAGUCACACCGGGUGACUUUGUUCUUCACAUACUCACGCGUCUUCCGGUUGAUCCGCGGACAUGGGAUUCCCUGAUGGUCAGAAGACACGCCCAGACCUUCAUAGCCCUCAGUGCGAGAGAAUACAAAUUUUCAAUGUACACACCGAGCAUGAUCGCAGCGGCGAGCGUAGCCGCCGCGUUACACGGUCUCGAUUGGACGGGGAAGAGCGGCUACGGACUUUCCGGUCUUCUGGAUGAGCUCACUCGCAUCACAGCUAUUGAACAGGACUAUCUGCAAGGGUGCUUGGAACAAAUCGAGGAGAUGGUGUCACAGGCGCGUGGGAUCAGUAGUCAUCAUCAUCAAUACCAUCAUCAUCAGGGUGGCACGACGUCAACGUUGACGUCAUCAACGAGUACCUCGACAACGUCGAUGAUGGGUAACCCCGGAGUACACCAGAGGCCACUGGGGGAACAGAGCACGAGCCAGGAGAAGAUAAUGGAACACGAGAAAGCCGGAACACCGACUGAUGUUAGAGAUGUUCAUUUCUAAACCUGGCUCGUUAUUUCAAAUAACUAUGAGAGAUUAGAUGCACAACGGGGAAUAAAAAUAAAUAAAAUAAGAUGAAGAAAAAGGAAAGUCUUGAAAAGUAACGAUGAUUAUAGACUUACUUCCGUUUUCACGUACGAAAAUUUUUCGAGGCUCGCCCGCGAAGCGCCGAGAAACUUAGAGAAAUGGGGCAAUGCACACCCUCUGGCAAGAAAAAAUAAGAAUUGUUAUUGGAAUAAGGAAAAAUUCACGUGUCGACAAACAAAAAAAAAAUAUCGACAGAAUGAUCAGGAGGAAAACGAACAGAAACUACGAAAAAUUAAACACGAGGGAGAACGGGAAAAGGGUGUGCAUUUUUUCGGGAAGGGGGGGGGGAAGGCAAUGCAAUACGCUUUAACGCAUUAUCGUCUAAGUAUAACCUUAAAUUUUAAUUGACGGAUACUAUUAAUGUUUAUGAAAGCGAGAAAAAAAGGAAAAAAAAAACAUGAGGAAGAAGAGAAAAAACAAUACGAUAAAAAUAUAGUCAUAUCGAGUCAUUUAGCGUCUGUACAUACGUAAAAAGUUGAAAAUGCAAAACAAACGAAAACAGCAAUCGGACAUUUUUCGAUAUAUAACCUGCGAUUCGUGUUUUGACAUGAAAAAUUUUUAUCUACUCAAAGCAAUCUACGAAAACACAAAAAUUCAGACGAGAAAAAAUAUUCCCAGCUCGCGAAGUUCGACGCUUUGUAUAUUCCAUUGAGGUUCCUGCAGCGAUCAGUCUUAAGCCCGACCGAGUGUGUCACGUGGCUUGUGUGUGCGUGAGUAAAUGUGUGCUUGUGUAUGUAUGCUUAAAUCUGUACACGUGUGCGUGCGUGCGUGUGUAUGUGUGUAUGUGUGUAUGUGUGCGCGCGCGUGCAUGUACAUGAGUACUAACGGAAAUAUGAGAUGAUGGAGCAUGCUAAACGUAAGCUCAAAGAGGGACAGAAAAAAGAAUGAUUAGAAAAUGUUGAAGAAAAACAUCUUUUUGAGCUAUGUUUUUUGAAUAAUGAUGGAGGAGCUCUAAAGAAGGAGACAAAUAAUAGUUUCUCCAUUCUUUUUACCUAUUAUGUUUAUAUAAUAUAUUUUUUUGAAAAAUGAAAGCCGAAGGAUAGAAAAACUGAAAAGGAAGAAAAAAAGAAAAAAAUUAGAGCGGCGAAAGGCGCUUCGUUGGAUAUUUCUCUUUUUUAUGUCCGUGUUGUAAAUAUCAUAUAGGGUUUAAGAGCCGUUUGUACGAAUAAGAUUUACUCGUUUUUAAGAUUAUUUUAUUAUCAUUAUUAUUAUUACUAUUAUUAUUAUUAUCAUUAUUAUCAUUAUUAUUAUCAUUCAUAUUAUUAUAGUGUUUAAAAGGGAUUGCACAUUUUGAAGUCCAAAAAUAGAGUUCACACAUUUGUAUGUUUUUUUCCGAUUUGAAUAUAUAUUCAAAUUUUAUUUAUACAAGUAAUAUUGUUGAAAUUUCGGCUGAGCCUUUGAGAGACCGCUCGAAAAUUUUCCGACGAAUUUCCGAUACUCUAGUGGUGCGUUGGAGAAAAAAAUUUCUUUUUUGCGCUUCAAAAUGUUCGACUUCUCUCUACGAGUUUCGUUGGUUGUAUAAUUGUUUCCGAAAAAUGGUACUUCUAUAUAACUCAAAAAAUAAUAAAAAGCAAAAUAAAAUUUUUACAGAUUGUUCGCGUUGCCGAAGAUUUUCUUUAAUAGUAGUUUUCAAUAACGAUUCGGCGAUUAAACAUGUUCAAUUUUCAUUGGAUAACGUUUAAUUGUUUCUCUGUUUAUUAAUUUUCUCAUUAUUUGGAAACCACAAUAUGAUCAUUCGAACCUCGAGAUCUUUAGAGCUCUCACGCUCCUUCGAUGCUUGUUGAGAAAGAAAAAAAAAAUUAGCGAUCUAUUGUUUGUCAUUGGCGAGAUCUAAGAGCAGAGUUUGUUGGGCGAAAAGUAUGAAAAAAAUUUCCGGAUUCCCCCGAAAAAAUUAAAACUGGAUAGUCAAAAAUGGUUUGUACUUAAGGCGGAAAAGAGGGCGCGUGAAACAGAUAGAGAAGAAGAAAAAGAGAAUAUAUUGUACGAUGAAGGAAGAAGAAAUGUAAGGGGUUGAAAAACAAAACUCAGUGCUGCAGCGGAUCAGUUACUUUAGAAAAAUCAUAACCAAAUUGUAGUACAUCCGAGGGGCGGUCUUUUCUUCUUUCAAUCGGACAGCAAAUCGUUUAGAUAUUGUUAUUGUUUAACAAUAAUAUCAAAUACGAAAUUGCUGUAAAAAUUAACUGCCAAUAGAGUCGUAUUUCCGAUAAAUAUAUAUAUAUAUAUAAAUAUACAUUUGUGUAUAUAUUAUCCUCAUUAUUCCAUAGAUUGGCAUAGCUGCGAGUGAAAACGGGAAAAAGAAAAAAAAAAAAUACAAAUUGUAAAGCGCAGGACACCUGCUGUAGAACGUAAUUUUUGAUACGACAGAAGUGAGUGUGAGCACAUUCUAGCGUUCGUUUUUGUUCCGAUUCUUUUUUACAAUUAUUUUUUUGCGAAAAGAGAACAAACAUAUAAAGAGAAAUAACCGCACAUACCUUAAACACGAGGACCUCCGGGUACGCGAUCGAUGAGCAAAGACGACGAAGAUACCGAGAUUUUUGCAACAUGAUUAUUCUUUUUAUGUCCAUCUUUUUAAGUGUUCCAUUACUUUUUUUAAAUUGUAUCGUUAAAUCUCUUUCCGCAUAAAUAUUUUUUCAACGAGCUUCCUUCUUCCGGCAUUUUCGAUUUUGCUUCUCGAUUUUCAUCUGCUCGAUCAAGGUCCACAUAGUUCCGAUGCCCGAGUGUCUCGCGUCCAUUACUAAACAUUUCACGCGACACCCGACCGUUUCAUAAUUUUUGCCGCCCUUUUUCAUUUUUGUUUUUUUUUUUUUUUUAUGAAUGAAAUAAACUUUACCCUGAGAUGAAAAAUUAGGCCUGAGAGAUAUAGAGAAAAAGAUUACUUUUAAAUCCGGUAUACAAGUCGCGCGUAUGUGAAAUUUCAUUGAAUGCAAUAAAAGAUAACCGCUGAUAUACCUCAGAGAUCGUUCACACACUUUCACACUGAUACAUGCAAAUAUCGUUACACAAAACACACACGAGUUCAUCGAUUCCCAAAUCGACUACUUUUUUUAGCCUUAGAAUCACUUAGACGAUUACUUUUAAUUUUAGUUUACUCGUAAUUGAUUAAAAAGAAAAAGAAUUUUUUUUUUUUUUAAUUAUGUAAUUUUGCAACUUGUAAUUUGUAAAUGCCUCUCGCAACAUCUUUGUACAUAACUUGUGCGUGGCGACUCGCACACAGUGGAUUGAAAAUAAAGUAUUGGUAUUUUAUACGAUCAA